AUUCCUACUCCGACGUCUCCGCCUUUUCUUUCUCACUCCGAUUAUCUCUACACCUGCAUAUCUCUCUCUACCCAGCUGCUAAUCAUGGUGCUCCGAGCUGCUGCUUCUUGUAAGAUCCUCAACUCUAAUGUGGUUGUCGGAGCGCGAUCCAUGUCGUCUUGGUGGCGAAGUGUAGAUCCGGCUCCGAAAGAUCCGAUCCUCGGCGUCACCGAAGCUUACCUCGCGGAUCCUUGCCCCGAAAAAGUCAAUGUCGGAGUUGGAGCUUACCGUGACGAUAAUGGAAAGCCUGUGGUGCUCCAGUGUGUCAGGGAAGCAGAACGGAAAAUUGCUGGAAGUUUUAACAUGGAAUAUCUUCCAAUGGGAGGAAGCAUUAACAUGAUUGAGGAAUCUCUAAAGUUGGCCUAUGGGGAGAGUUCUGACUUGAUAAAAGAGAAACGCAUUGGAGCCAUCCAAUCUCUAUCUGGAACGGGUGCAUGCCGAAUAUUUGCAGACUUCCAGAAACGUUUCUGUCCUGAUUCACAAGUUUUUAUUCCUGUUCCUACAUGGUCAAAUCACCAUAACAUUUGGAGAGAUGCCAACGUCACUCAAAACACAUAUCGUUAUUAUCAUCCAGAAUCAAAAGGGUUGGACUUCACUGGCAUGUUGGAAGAUAUAAAGAAUGCACCAAAAGGAUCAUUUUUUUUACUCCAUGCUUGUGCUCACAAUCCUACCGGAGUUGAUCCGACCGAAGAGCAAUGGAGAGAGAUCUCUCACCAGUUCAAGGCCAAAGGACAUUUUGCCUUCUUUGACAUGGCAUAUCAAGGAUUUGCUAGUGGGAACACUGAGAAGGAUGCCAGGGCUAUCCGUAUAUUUAUAGAGGAUGGUCAUGCAGUUGGAUGUGCCCAGUCAUAUGCCAAAAACAUGGGACUAUAUGGACAGAGAGUGGGGUGUUUGAGUGUGGUUUGUGAUGAUGACAAGCAAGCUGUAGCUGUUAAAAGUCAGUUGCAGCAGCUUGCAAGGCCCAUGUACAGUAAUCCACCAGUCCAUGGUGCUCUCAUAGUUGCCACCAUCCUUGGUGACCCAAUUUUGAAGAAAUUGUGGCUUCAGGAAGUAAAGGGGAUGGCAGAUCGCAUCAUAGGAACAAGAGCCGCACUAAGAGAAAGCCUUGAAAAGUUGGGCUCUCCUUUAUCAUGGGAGCAUAUAACCAAUCAGAUUGGCAUGUUUUGCUAUAGUGGAUUGACACCCGAACAAGUUGACCGCUUGACAAAUGAGUUCCAUAUCUACCUGACCCGAAAUGGCCGUAUUAGUAUGGCAGGAGUGACUUCAGGAAAUGUUGGUUAUUUGGCUAAUGCAAUCCAUGAAGUUACCAAAUCUGGUUAGGACUCACAUUCAACUCUCGUCUUGCCAUGCAACUUCAAUAAACUUCAAUUCAGAGCCUGUGAAAAUGCUGGCCUGGUUUUGAGGAAUUCUUUUGGCGGACAAUUUUUCUUGUCUUUCUGUUCUUGAUGUUGUUGUUGUAACCAUUAAUUAAUCAUUUUUUGAAUAAAAGAAUUUGUUGUAACCUCAAUCAUCAUUGGUCAGUACAACUAAAUUCCGUGGAGUAGCAAAAUUGAGAACACAUGUAAGAAUUUACCAAAGUGUAGACUUGGGCGAAACCUAUUUAUACAAGGUAAAUAAAACAAAGAAAAAAACUAGUUGUACACAAAAAG